CAGAGAAGCUACAGUAUGUCUUUGCUCAACCAUACCACAGACAAGUCCCUAAUAUUCCAAAAGAUGAGAGAGACCUUUCAGCAUCGCCAGAAGCUUGUUAAAGAUCCAGGCUCUACUGCUGAUAUCCUCUCCACCUUCCCAAGAUUCCUAGAUACAAAAGGGCUGGUGGAUCAAGACUUCACUCUCCUGUUUGACGCUGAGACAUCAUCCAGGCUGCUUCAGAAGUGGGACACGUUCUUCAGGCCAAAUGUCAUUAAAGAGGCCAAGCAAGUUACUUCAACACCAGAGCUGAGUCAGUUGUUGCUAUCAGCAGAACGUCCUGAAGGAAGUUAUCUCCAUGAAACAAUCUACGACCAGGAAAUGGCAUCUCUUCUUUUAUUGAUACAUCUCCUUCCACCACCACCAGGAGGACAGAAGUCUCCAAAAAUCAGUGCAUGUGAUGCUGCUGAAAGACUUGUAAUUUUUCAUAAGUCAUGCUGCAAUUUGGAGGAGCACGUCAACAGCAACCAGCAUCAGCAUCCGUACCUCCUUGCUGUUGGACGCCAGAAAAGCAAGAACGACAGCUUCUACAUCGCCCUGGAUAAGCAUCUCAUCCCAUGCCAGGCAAACCGCUCCCUUGGAGCAUUUGAUGAACUUUUCAAGGCGCAUUUUGUGUUCAAUUUGUCCUAUGAUUGUGCACUUGUAAACUUUUACACAUUCCUGCAAACAACAACAUUUGAUGUAGGGAAAAUGAAGGAGUCUCCCAGGAUGAUUGCUCAAAGUUCAACUGUUGGAUGUUCUUCAAGUGAGCCAGUUGCAAGCUCAUCUCAAGUAGAUGCUUUGGAGGACCUUAUGGAUCCCCAGCAUCAGUCUCCUUGUUCCAGUGCUAUAUCAGAACAAUGA